GGCGCGCGGCGGAAGGGGGCGCGGCCGGAAGCGGGGCGCGAGGGGGCGGGGCCAGCGGAGGCGCCGGAGGCCCUUGGCAGGAUGACACGAUGUCCGCGGGCGGCGGCCCCCUGCUCCCCGACAGCGUCCUCUACGAGAUCUUCCUGUACCUGGGCCACGCCGACGUGCUCGCGGCCGCGCUGGUGUGCCGGCAGUGGAGCGCCGUCGCCCGCGACGAGUUCCUGUGGAAGGAGCUCUUCUACCGCUACUACCGCGUGUCCCGGGACGUGCCGCGGCACCCAGCCGCCGUGUCCUGGUACGACGAGUUCCGGAGGCUGUACGACACCAUCCCCUGUGUGGAGGUUCAGGCUCUGAGGGAGCACAAUGACCAGGUUCUGCACCUCAGCUUCUCCCACUCUGGCUGCUUGUUUGCAUCAUGCUCCAAAGACUGUACUGUCAAGAUCUGGAGCAAUGAGCUGGACAUCUCCCUGCAGCACAGCUCCAACAUGAGGCCCUACAACUGGAGCUACACACAGUUCUCCCAGUUCAACUCCGAUGACUCCCUCCUCCUGGUGUCGGGCGUCUUCGUGGGGCCUCACAACUCCUCCUCGGGGGAGAUCGCUGUGAUCAGCAUGGAGAACUUCACGCUGCUCUCCAGGGUGAGGAACAAACCCUACGAUGUGUUUGGCUGUUGGCUGAACGAGACCAACCUCAUCUCGGGCAACCUGCACCGCAUCGGCCGCGUCACCUCCUGCUCUGUGCUGUGGCUCAACAACGCCUUCCAGGGUGUGGAGUCAGAGAACGUGAACGUGGUGAAGAGACUGUUCAAGAUCCAGAACCUGAACGCCAGCACCAUCAGGACCGUGAUGGUGGCCGACUGCAGCCGCUACGACAGCCCUGACCUGCUGCUGGACUACGAGGAGCAGCUCGCUGCUGCCCCCACCCGCCCCGCCUCGGAGCUCGGCAGCGACAGCGAGGAAGAGGAGGCCAAGCCCAGGCAGGCUCCAGAGCCAGCAGCACAGGAACUGCCAGGGGACGGGGGGGUGCCAGCAGAGGAGGGGCUGCAGCAGUUCAUUGAUGAUAUCAUGGGGGGCCGUGUCAGAGCCUCCCUGAGCGAGGCAGAGCUGGAGACCAGAGUGGCCGAGCUCUUCGUGCGCACCCGAACGAAGCCUCCUGAGCUCAACCUGCUCCCAACUGACAGCACCAGCAAGACAAAGUACUUGAUCUUCACCACAGGCUGCCUCACCUACUCCCCACACCAGAUAGGGAUCAAAAGGAUCCUGCCCCAUCAGAUGACGACGGCCGGGCCGGUGCUGGGGGAGGAGCGACGCUCUGAUGAGUUCUUUGACUCGCUGGAUCACGUCAUCGACAUCCACGGGCACAUCAUUGGCAUGGGGCUGUCCCCUGACCACAGUGGGGUGUGGGCUCCCCCCUGCCCCCUCCCCAGGUACCUGUACGUGAACAGCCGCGCCUGGCCUCGGGACUGUGUCAUCUCCGACCCGAUGCAGCCGCCUCCCAUCGCCGAGGAGAUCGAUCUGCACGUCUUCGACCUGAAGACCAUGAAGGAGGUGAAGAGAGCCCUCCGUGCACACCGGGCCUACACACCCAACGAGGAGUGCUUCUUCAUCUUCCUGGAUGUCAGCAGGGACUUCGUGGCCAGCGGGGCAGAGGAUCGCCACGGCUACAUCUGGGACCGCCACUAUAACAUCUGCCUGGCCAAGCUGCAGCACGACAACGUGGUGAACUCGGUGGCGUUCAGCCCGGUGGAGCAGGAGCUGCUGCUGACGGCCAGCGACGACAGCACCAUCAAGGUGUGGCGCUCACCGCGGGCGCUGCGAGGCCGCCGCGCCAGCCGCCCACGGCCCCGCAAGCUGCUCUUCUCCUGGCUCAUGAACCAGAGCAGCUGAGCCCGGCACACGCUGCAGCUUCCUCACCGGAGAGCUCGGCACGGGGCGGGAGGGAGCCGGCGCCGGGAGCUGCUGCGUCCCUCUGAACGGCAAAGGUGGAAGGGAAAGGGGCCGAGGGCUCAGGCCGGGCCUGACGCCCUGCAGUGCCCAGCUCAGGCUCUCCACGGCUUCUCACCGGCGCUGCUGCUUGGGCACAGCUGGCACAGGGAGCUCGGGGCUCCCCCCACAACCUGAGGCAGAUCCCUCCAGCGCGGUGGCCGUGAGCCGGGCCGUGGCCGAGCUCGCCGGGAGCCGCCGCUGUCCUCGCCUGGGCAGUUGCUGCAGCGCCGCCUGACAGCGGGACUCUGGGCAUGGAGUAGUUGGAGCGUGGGUUGUCCCAACCCUCCUGCGGCAGCUCGGUGGCUGCUGGGCCGGGGGGCGGGGCUGGGGGUCUGGCUGCUGUCACAGCCCCUUCCCCACGAUGCGUGUGGCUGGCAGCAGCUUCCCCCCAGGAGCAGGGAGGGUCGGUGCUCACAUGGUGCUGCCUUGGCCCCGUCUUCCUCUGAAGCAGCACCUGAGGCAGCCACAGCCUUGGGACUGUAUUUCUUGCAGGGGCUCCCUGAGGAGGGCUGGUGGGGCUCAGGCACAGCCCCCUCACGCUGCUCAGUCGUGGCACUUUAGGUUCUCUUGGUAUGUUUCUGGUGAAGAGGGGUGGGCACCCAGGGGUGGCUGCAGGAACUCACCUCCCAGUGCUGGGGCCACACAGCCCUCCUCACCCUGACAGUCCAAUAAGCUUCCUUCCUUCCCUCCUUCCUUCCUUCCGGGGAUUGGCUCCUCCAGAGCUGCUGCUGAGGCCCCCUCAGGCAGUUACAAACUCAGGGGUGUUUACUCUGGCUCUGUCCCUGAAGCUUUUCCCCUGGCAGCAGGUAACCAAAUGUGAGUCUAUUUCAGCUCCUCAUCUUGCCUUGGUGCAGAGGGCCAGGGCUGGUGAUGUCCCCAGGAGCUGCAGUCGCCCCUGGGAGCUCAACUUUGACUGAGGGGGUGUUUGGGCUGCUCUGGGGGCAGGUGCCUGUGCCACUCACAGCCUGGGCUGGCACAGCCUGAGGGGAGGCAGCAGCUCCUGUCCUGAGAUGCCCCAAUGACUUCAAUCCCAGGCAGGAAGCUCCAACCCUCGCUGUGCUGUGCCCUGGCAGCUGCCCAGGGCUUUAUCCAAACCCCCUGAACUCAGGGUCUCUGUCAGCACAGGACUGUUAGAAACCAGGGAGCCCUGUGUGUGUGUGUGUGUGUGUGUGUGUGCACAGCAUCCACAGCCAGCUCUGCACAGCCACACAGUGAAGGAACAGCCUCUGCCUCCACCCCCAGGACUCUGACAUCUCCCUGUGCCCCUGGAGCAGCGAGCCAGGGGCACCCAGGGUGUCUGCACCGUUUUGCUCUUCACUAUGGCAUUGAAUAAACGUUCUGCUAAAGCA